GAGAGGGUAGCAAAUGAGGUGUGGGUAAAAAAUAUAGGAGACUAGAAAAGAGAGCAGUAGCCCAUCCCUGGAAAUGAGAAAGAUGGUAGGGGGAGAGAGAGAGCGAGAGAGCGAGAGAGAAAUUAUACAGUGUAAAAUCCAGAUGAAUUCAGCUUUAGUGGUAGUGCAGAGUACAGAUCAGCGGGCUUCUUCACCGCUGGGGAACAACCGCCUUUUGUGUUCCCCCCACUGCAGUGGGGGAGUGCAUUAACUGUCGCGCCCAAAGGGAGAAGCCAAGAAGUAUCCUCCAAUCAGCCGUUAGUGAUUCUUCUCAUCUUGUGAGGCUGCUGAUGGUGAUUUAUCACUGACCUGAGACAGGCGCUGCACUCUGCUCAACCCUCUAACCACCUGGAAUUCUCGCCAUGGUUUAUAUUUCUUUUCUUAAACACAAACACCCUCCUGUGGAUAUUUCAAAUAGAAUGAGCAGAGGACAAAAGGAUGAUAAAAAUGGACUUGCUGACUACCAUUCUUGAAAUUAUUUUUUUGUUCCUGCUGCAGACGGAAGAUGGACUAACUUUUACAGGUGCAUUUGUGCCAUUUGAGGACAUAAUGUUUAACUCAAUGCUUUGAUAGAAUAGAGGCAUUUUACAGAUGUAUUUGUUUCAUACCAUAUUUUAUUCUCAAAGCAUGGCAAGCAAGGGAUGAUCCUAGACACUGCAAUAAUCAUGUAGGACUGAUAUUCAGGUAAAUAGAGGGAUAUGGUGAUGGACAGAAGAUGGAAAUGGAGAGAGCACGCCUGCUGAGCACGUCUGACACCUCGCUUUAGCUUGAUUAGCGCCUGCUCUCCUGAGUUUGACUAUCAGGCUGUCUUUUCAAGUUAUCAUGUUCCUCAGUGAGUGGAGAUAGCUUUCCGAUGUGCUUGUGCAUAUGAGUAUCUAACAGUGAGUGUGGUUUGUGUUAGGGUCCAGAGUUUGGGAUUACACUGCCUCUAGAAAGGAUACAGGUGUAGUGGAGCCUUGAAUGAGGAUUACCAGCUCUAACACCUUGUGGCUGGCAGUGCACAGGGCGAUGGACCUUUUAGACAAGACUCUCAAGCUACGUCCGCGCUGACAGUUCACACAGGAGGAUUAAAUAUAUGAAUACGAAGGGACUCAAAUGCCAAGGAAGGGCACCGAAAGACAGUUGAGAAAGUUCUAUUCAGAUAAUCCUUGAGGGCUGCAGACCGAGGCUAACCUUAGGGCGAGUGGAAGUUCCAUAUCAAUAGACUGAGGCAAUUUAUAGUAGCUGGACAAGGACAAUUCAAAUACUAAAGCAUGAGAGAAUUUGUUUGUGAGUCAGUGAAUAUAAAGAGUAUAUCCACAAGCUGACAAAAAAACCUGCCUGAAUAAAUUAAAUGAUUAGAUACAUAAAGGGAAAAAUUGAAGGUACUUUGAUAAACAAUCUUGAUUUCCCCAAUAACCCAGCAAGCACAAAAUCCAAUUGAUCCAUGAAUUGGUUUGAUAUUGAUUUCUCUACACAGCCAGGAUAGAGUCUUGUCUGAUCUCUGUUUAAGAGGUCACUAAUUUAAUUAUAAUCCAUCAUUCAGUCACACCCUUGAGCAGUGGGACAGAGUGCUGAGUACGCUGCAGCUUAGAGAAAUCAAUGGUCUUAUACUUGUCAUGAUAUCUGACAACAGAUCAGAUAAACACAAUGCGUUCCUGCUCAGUCUAAAAUGACUUCUGCAUUCAUGGCAGAUUUGCUGACAGUUGUAGAUAAUUUGCCAGCUUGUGUGUGUAGCUAGUCUUGUAGUUGAAAGAAGCGCAUGUUGUUGACAGCCUUGAUGUGUGUUAAAUCCCGGGCAUACAGCUUAUCUUAGCUGCACAGCGAAAGAUCCUGGCUAAUGGUGUAAUGGUCACCACCUUGCAUCACCCAACCCGCCCCACUUAAGGUUAAAUUAGGAAUUGCCUUCAACAAUGCAUUGAAUCUGAAGUGGAGCACUAAAGCAAGGGGAAGCGAGUCCUGACAGGGCUCUCAGGAGGAGAAGUUAUCUCAGCAGCCACUUUCAGCAACCCUUCAGCCAUCCUGGAAAGCAGAGGGUAUAGUAGGCUGGAAGCUCUGUGUGGGAGCGAGGAGAACAGGAGGAAAAACAGGGCUGAGGCAAGUUGUUUGAUAGCUGCAUUGUUUGUAUCUACCUUGUUCAAAGAGUAUUGCUGAAAGUGUACUGUUUGGAGGUUUGCUGCGAGUGAACAAACUCAGGAACAGCGUGGGAGAAUUCAGCUGGAGGUCUGCUUGGAAAACUUGCUCUCUAUUGCGGUUUUCAACAUUAAUGACCAAACAAAGGCAGAGGACAGCAAGUAUACUGCAUGUAUUUAUCACUUUUGAGAAGUCACUACAAGCAUUGAUUUGUUUGAAACAACUGCAGAAUUUAAUCACAUAAGGACAAACCAGCAGGACUCUCCUCCUAGAUUCCAAGAUUACAGUGAAACUGGAUGAUCCACAACAAGCACAUGAACUUUAACAAGCAAAUUGUUUGCCUACAAUGGAGACAGGAACAAACACAUGUUGUUGCAGCAGUGAAACUACUUCCACAUUUAAAUUUACCAUGGAUUAUAACACUUGAAAUUUGAGCAAGAAGAGGAGAACAGUGACACACCCAAAGAAACUGUGUAUUCAUCCCCAGCAGGGAUGUGCUGUGUGUUACUCUGAGGAGGAGUAGUGUAAUAUACCACAACCCUGCGAAUGAGGGUGGGGCCCCUUCCCACUGCCACAGACAAAAGACCUUGAUAGAGAGAGUCCUGUUGUGAGAACUGAUCAUCUGGGGCAAAUUUGAACUGGCACAAUCCAGCACCGUGUCAAAAGUCACAAUGGGGUGCAACAUGUGUGUGGUUCAAAAGCCUGAGGAACAAUACAGGGUCAUGUUCCAGGUGAAUGGAAAGGAGCUAACUCGCCUUUCUGGGGAUCCCACCCUGGACAUACGGGACCCCGUACUGUCCAGCAUACUGAGGCGGGGGGCUCGCAGACGGGCAGGCCUAGCGGGAGCUCCUGGAGGGUUAGUGCCAGUGACCAUGGGCAUGGCCGACUGUGUAGACAGCUGCACUCAAACAGACAUCAGCUUCCAGCAUAUGUUGACGCUGGGCAAGAGCAGCCAGCAUCCCUGUGGAGCUCCCCCUCCACCCGACCCUCCGCCAUCCCCUCCAUUACCACCGUUACUGGAGCCAUAUUUACUCAAUGAACUCUUUAUAGAGCCUGUAUACUAUGACCCCACUGACUACUUCGAUAUCACUCAGCACGAAGUGGACAGGCAGGAUGAGCUGGAAUAUGAGGAGGUGGAGUUGUAUAAGUCUCGACAGCAGGAUAAACUCGGACUGACAGUGUGUUACAGAACCGAUGAUGAGGAGGACCUGGGAAUAUAUGUAGGAGAGGUGAACCCAAACAGUAUUGCUGCAAUAGAUGGACGCAUCCGCAAGGGAGACAGAAUACUACAGAUAAAUGGAGUGGACAUCCAGGACCGAGAGGAGGCAGUAGCUAUUCUCACCAGAGAGGACAGCACUAAUGUCUCCCUGCUCCUUGCACGACCUGAGAUAGAGAAUGACAACCAGUUGGACCCAGAUGAGCUGGACCUGGAGCCACUGGACAAUGCUAUUAAUCUGCCCAGCAGCCACAGACUGAUUCACAGUCUGGACUGUGCUGGAGCAGGCACUGUUGCUGAUGCGGGUAUACUAGGUAGCCACGGUCGCUCAAUGAACAGGGUUUCACCUGAUUUGCUCCAGACGGUGCUGAGCAACAGCCAGGAGCUGGACAGCGGGGUAGGCCGUACAGAUGAAAGCACACGUUACGAGGAGUCUUCAGAACAUGAUCUUCUGGGAGACGACCACACUAGUGCCUCCAAUACCAACACCACCAAUACUCCUGGCAGCAUGCGUAAGUUUUUGUCUGGCAGAGGCGACACCCCACCCUUGCUGCACUCCCAGGACCUCCAGUUCAGCACUGACUCCCUCUUAGGGCUUGACUGUGUUAAUGGAGGAGGGCUGGAACAGGUGGAGCGAUUGGAGAGGGCCUAUGUGACAGAUUCUGUGAGGAUGAUGAUGCCUGGGCUGACUGAGGAGGAGUGUGAGAGGUACAAAGAGCUCCUAGAAAUCAAGUGUUACUAUGAGAGGAACAGUAAUGAUCUGAUGCUUCUGGGAGGUCAGGGGCCGGCACAAGAGGAAGGGGGUGUUUCACUGGAUGUGAAUAGGAAUGAAAGCCUGACGCAGCAUGAGAUGGCCCUUCUGGAAGAGGAACUGCGCCACUUGGAGUUCAAGUGUCGCAACAUCUUGAGGGCUCAGAAGAUGCAACAGCUGAGGGAGCGCUGUCUGAAGGCUUGGCCUCUCGAGGACAAGAAUGGAGCAAGUGCAGGGGCCGGAGUAGGAGUUGGCCGCUUGGACAUUAAUGGUACUUUGGUCAGUGAGGAUUCCUGUCACCAUGCUCUAUCAGACAUCAAUGAGCUCCCAGAGAGGGAGCGCUCUGAUAAGGACAGCACGAGUGCCUACAACACUGGAGGGGAAAGUUGUAGAAGCACCCCUCUGGUGAAUGAACAGUACCCAUCACCCUCAACACAGAGCCUGAAUGGAGGAGAGUCUCUUUUCACAGCAGGUAUGGAGCUACCAGCCUCCACUAGGCAGAGAGAGAGAGGAACCAGGGCCGAAAGAGGGGACGGGGUAAACCUCAACCAAACCUACUCUCCCCAUGCUCAAAGGAGAGGAGACAGCCCCGGAGCUAAGGUUAGGUCCCUGUCACGAGAUGCAGCAACCAGGAGGGGGUCAGAUGGAGGGGUGAGGCUUAACCCUAAAGCCAAUGGGACACCUGAGAGGGCUGGUGGAUGCAGUGCGGAGAACAGCCCUUACCUGUCUCGCCGUCAGACAGAAACAAAGCUGCCUCAGCGCUACCUGAGCUGCAUGCAGCUGAGGUCUCCGUCCACCUCUGAGCGGCUCUGUGGACUCAGAGAUGCUCCCAGAGAGGGCAGCAUGGAGACUGGGGGUGAUGCCAGCCCAAUGAGCUUGGGUAGCACAUGUAAAGAUGUUGUCCAGGUCCCAGGUGCUGUACCCUUACCCAUGUCCCCUUCAGUGCUGCCUGCCUCCCCUCGUAUGGAGUGGAAGGUGAAGAUCCGUAGUGAUGGAUCGCGCUACGUGGCCAAAAGGCCUGUGAGAGAUCGCCUCCUGAAGGCGCGUGCCAUGAAGAUCAGAGAGGAGCGCAGUGGCAUGACAACGGAUGACGAUGCUGUGAGUGAAAUGAAGAUGGGCCGCUACUGGAGCAAAGAGGAGCGCAAGCAGCAGCUGCUAAAGGCCCGAGAGCAGCGGCGGCGCAGGGAGUUCAUGAUGCGAAGCCGUCUCGACUGCUUGAGAGAUCGUGAGAGGGAGCAGGGCAGCAGUGGUGGAGGACAGCAGGGGACGACACAGCAGCAAGAACCCACCUCCAUCCUGGAGCUGUGCCACCGCAGGAACAUGAAGAAGCGCAGUCGCAGAAUCCUGGACAACUGGAUCACUAUACAGGAGCUACUGGCCCACGGGACCAGGUCUGCUGAUGGGAAGAAAGUCUAUAACCCCCUGCUGUCUGUCACCACAGUCUGAGAUAAGAUAGAGAGAACAGAAGGAGGUAGAGAGUUAAGCAGAAAUAAGAAAGUGCCAAAGUCCUUUGAUGGGGGCUAUAGGAUGAACACAAGCUGCUGUACACACUGGCACAAAUAUUUGUCUGCAGGGAUGCAGCAACAUUCUGAAACACAAAGUACCUGAUGGUAAUAUAAAGUAGCAUAUGUUAGGCCCCAACCUAAAAUGUUUUGAUUGAAGAAAAGCUCAUGCCUGAGACUGCCAGGGAUUGUGUGUCUAGUAACAGUAUGUAUCUUCCCAAACAGAAAGAUAAUACACACAUUUACAAUUUUGUGGAAUUGAAGCUGCAUUUCAGAAAUACAUUCCAUGAUCUCAAAUGCAGAUUUACAAACAUACUACAGUACUUUUUAAAUACAAUGUAUUCCCCUUCAAUUUUGUCUGGUUAUGUGGACCUAAACCAGUCAGGAAAACACUUCCCAGCCAUUUUCAUGAUGCUUUACCUCUCACAGAAGACAAAGGGGAAUCAUGUAAUUCUUCAUCUUACACAGGAACCUGUACCAGCUUGUCAGAUUUGAAAUCUGGAAGAGCAAAGAUUAGCAUUUUCAGUGGAGUCCAUCAAGUAACAUAUUCACAUUCAUUCAGCCUUCUUACAUAAAGGAGAGGGUGUGAGAAAUGGCACCACCUGCUGUUAAGCCAUAAGUGGUGCACAACUUAAAAGUAAUCUUUGCAGGCCUCUACAUUUUUAUGGAGUAAAAUCAAAAAUGGAGAAGAACCAUGCAGCUGUGAAAACAUGUGAAAAGCCACUUUUGUGCCAUAAAACUGUGUGUUUAGUGUCCAUAAAGGCGUUUUGAAUAAGGACAUUUUCAAAAGAACAUUGUGUGCCAGUUACUGUCGUUUUUUUCAUUCUUGCUGUGUACAAAUGCUCCUUUGUUUUGACACAGGAAAUGCAACAUCAUUGUCAGACCACAGGCCCUUUCUGAUAAUGAAGAGCUGAGCGGUGCCUUCCUUUCAGGCAGACUUGACUGUAUAGCACAAUUUUUAAAGCGAUACAAAAAAGCUGUAAAAUUCUGUAGCUGAGUGGGUAAAUGCUGAAGCACAGAGCAGCUGACCGGCUUAGCUUUUUUAAAGAAAGGCACUUUGUCAUACAAAGCACAGAAAACAUUUGAUAUUGCCGUUUCAUUCCAAAAGGCACAUUUGCUAUUUAAAUAGAUAAAACACCUUCAAAUCAUUUUUCUCCAUUUGCCAUUUUAAAUGUUCCUUUUUUGAGACCAAUUCAUUUUGGUCAGUAUGCAAUUUGAUUGCGAUUGAAGAUUGUCCUUAGCUACGAAAAAUCUCCUGUCAAGUGGAUCUGAAGCUAAAUCAACUGUUCUGUCAUUCCAGUCAGAUGUGUCACUCCCAAACAUGAUUUGAGGUUUUUACUUUUUAAUUCUGUGCUCUCAGAACUGGCCACUGGAUAAUUAUCCAGCAAAGUAACUAAAAUGACAAUGAUGGCCAAUAAUGGGGUGACUAAUUUAUAAAAUCAUAUGAACAAAAGCUCAUUUCAUUUGGCUUACAUGCAUGUUUGAUAUUGAGGCAGAAGUGUCCCCCCCCCCCCCCCCAUGUACGACUAAAAGCCUUUAACAUAAUGUAAUUGUGGAUGUGUCUUUCUAUGAUCUUACUUAAAAUCCUAGCAUAGAAAAAGAAAACAUGGUGUACCUGUUCAAUAUUGUGAUGUCCUGUGUCUGCCAUUUCACAGUGAAAGCUUUUCUAAAU